AAUCUAAUAACAUAAAGUAAAAGGGAAUUCUCUUCUCCUCGCGCCAGCACAACAAAUAGAGGAAGGAGGCUUCGACACCUGUCCAAAUAGAGAAACGCAGCCCAUCAUUUAUACAUUCUGCUCUUUGUGUGUGGCCUUAUAAAGCCCAUACCAAUAUCUAUUGCAAAACGAUACGUUUUGAUUUUCACCGUAAGAACAAAACAAGAUAUUUCCAAAAUGCUGUGUCUCUUACAUUUUUUGUUUCAGCGCUCUCUCUUCUCAGCCGUAGCAGUUCUAGGGUUUUGCUCUGUUUGUUCAUCUUCUUCCUAUCGAUCCAGAGCUCAAUCGGUUACGGAUUCAAUCAUCUUAAAUACCUUCUUAAAUCCAUCGCACACAAUCUAUCUUCAAUGACGCUUUUGCUCUUCAGGGGCGGUGGAUGUUCGAGUAUAAAAAGUUCGGCAGAAGUUCUUCCACGGUUGAGGUGAGACUACUGCGUUUCUAGGAGGCGAGGAAUAUCAGACGCGCUGGUGAGCUCAUGUCCGUUGAUAUGCUUUUGGUUGAUACAAAUGCGACUCUUAUGCCAGCCACCGUUGCUGCUAGCCGUGUUCUAACCUUUGCUCCCCAUCUCACGGCAGGGUCGAUGUAUUCCAUCACCGGUUUUGAUGUGGCUUGGUGUAAUCCAAACUUCAGCCUGUCUGGCUCCUCUUUGUUGAUCCAGUUCAGUGAUGCAACCUCCUUGAACGUGUUAACUGAACCGAACCGAGUUCUCCACACUCUGAAAAAUGCUUCCUAUUCCGUAGGCAAAGUGAGAUGUUUGCUCUAGCAAACACUAGCAGUCAGCUCCCGGAUAUCAUUGGGGAGAUCACGGCUGUUAAAAGUUCUGCCAGUGACCCUCCAGCUGACAAGAAUCACUUGAUGGUGACCACCAAACUGGGGAACAGCGAUGCUUGUGUGACUUUGAGUUUGUGUAACGACCCAAUUCCGCAGGCCCAACAAAGCCCAAUCAAUUUGCAGGAAACCCUAGAUUUUGAGCCGUCAGAGAGAGAUAUUGGUGAACUGUCUCAGCCACCGUCGACUGAGAUCAGAUCCGUCACGCCGCCGCCGUCUCACGCCCUAGGUAAUCCGCGAACCGCCUUUUCCGAUUGGUUAAGUGUUGGCCAUUUAGUAAAUCGUCGAUAUCUCUCUAACCAUUGGGUUUCUUGCGAUUUCAAGGCCACCAGUGUGUUCGUGACGUCGAGACGAGUCCGGAGCAGGAGUUUCAUCCGGAGAGCCGCCGCGACGCGCCCACACGCGCAGGAGGAAGAUUCGCGCGUGAAUCUCACGUGCCACCGUCUCCGCCGGACGUUCGCCAGAGCCACCGCAGCCGGCCACCGUCCGUUCGCCGCCGGGAAGCCGCCGCCGCAUCACCGCCGCGCCUCCGCCGCCGCCGGUGAUUUUCCGGUAAGCCACCACCGUUGCUGGCCGCCGCCGGCGACUGGUCUCCGGCGACUCGCCGGUCGACUCGCCGGUAACUCGGUGACUCGGCCGAGUCGACUCAGCGAGUCAAGCCGUUGACCAGUCAAGCCGGUUUGGUUUGGUUGGUUUGUUAAAUUGAUUUCCGGUUUGGAUUGAACCGAUUUGAAAUCGAUUUGAAUCUGGUCCAAUUGAAAUCGAACUCGGUUAAGGAAAACCGGGUGGUUCAAUUCGAUUUCAAUUUGGUCAAGGGUUGACCGGCUUGGGUCAGAGUGGACCGGGUUGACCUUUGACCAGCGGGUUGACCUUUUGACCAGAUCGCCGGUUAUCCAUUUUGGACCGUUCGAAGGGCGUUCUGACUCGAUUUUUCGUCCUGAUUUCAGAUUUGGAGUUUGUUUGAGCAGCUGGAGUUUAUAGCUAUCACUUUUACACAUUCCUAAGGUGAGGGUCUAUUCCGUAAAUCCCGUACCAGUGUAGAAUUCUCUCUAUCGUAGUUUAGAUUUUGAAUCAUGAUCCGUCUGUUUGAAUUGAGUCUGUUUGAGUCUUGAUUGUUAGUUAGUUCAUUCAUUGUAAACUGGAACUAGGGGUCUAGAGGAUUCAACCGUUGAUUUGAUUGUGUGAUGUUAAGAUAUGCGAUUUAUACAUGUAAGUAUACAUAGUUAUGAGUAGGGACUAUGUGAGUGGGCGGGGGUCUAGAGAUGUCUGGACUAGCGACAAAGCUUUGGUGGGCGGGGGCUCAGAGACGUCUGGGCUAGCGACGCAGAUUGUGUGGGGCGUGGGUGCAGAGACGUUUGCAUUCGACGCAGCUUUGGAGGGCGGGGGUAUAGAGACAGACUGUACUAGCGACGCAUCGUAUGUAUAUAUAUAUAUAUAUAUCCGUAUGAGGAGAUGCGGGAUAUGUGGACUAGCUAUAUGCUAUCAUCGCAUUGUUUGUGUUGUGUGAUGCUUUAGGCAUCUUGUUUGUUCAUGUUAGAGCUAAACUUCCAUAGUGGGAGUUCUAUUUACUCAAGUCAGUGGUUUGCGUGUUUAGCAUCACAUACCUCACGGAGUAACUCCCCUGUUAGUCACCCCUCCUUUCCUUCCCCUUUCAGGUGAAACUGACGUGCAUGAGUGAUUGCUAUCGGACUGGUGCUUUGGGAGUUUUAUUUCUUUCUUUUUCAGACUUGCGGAUUUUAUGCUUUUAUCGAUAUUUUCGGGAUUUAUUAUGUUAUUUGGAUUUAUGGUUAUUUAUUGGAUUUACGACUUUGGAGUU